UUUGAAGACGAAGGUUAAAAAUGGCACUCUAAAGAAAGACCACCUGAUCCGGUUAAAUUCUCCCAAAAAGUACAUAAAAUAUUCAAAUUUAAUUAAUUGUACAAUCAGAAUUACAUGAAAAUCAAUCGAAUUGUGUUGGAAAAAUAGAACUUUAUAAAAUGGAAAAGAAUGUAUUAACUGUUGUAUUAAGAAAACAAUCCAAAUCUCAAGUGUCCAAAACUGCUGACUGUGCUAAUAAUUAUUGUGCUGCUACUGCUACCAAAAAAGAUCCCAAUCAAGAAGACUUCGAAAUCGAAACCAAAUAUCAGGGACAACCAAAACCACCAAUAAAUAAGAAUACAGGGGAUAGCAAAGACAGCAACGUAAACGACAACAACAGCAACGGCCACAGUUUGACUUCAAGUUCGAGUUCUACCGAAGUCGACAAUCAAAUCAAAAGCGAUGAAUAUUUGGACGUGGAAAUUCGUGUGAAGUCUUCAGCGAAAAGGAUUCCAAAAGUCAUUGAGGACGAAUUUACAUUACAUCCAGAUGAUGUCAUCGCAGCGAGAUUUGAAGAAUAUGGAAGUACACCACCUAGAACAAGGAUGAAUAAAAAAAGUCGCGACUGGGAUAGAAAACAAAAGCUCAAUGAUCCAGUUCAAAAAAGGGGAAUGAAUCGUCCAGCUAGGUCUCGAGUAUUAAGACGUAAUACAAUGGAUUGUGCAUUGUUAAAUGAAAUAUUUGUUGAUGAAGAAGUCAAGCGCAAUGAUAAGCGUUCUCAGGCACUGUUGCGAGAAGCCGAAAGAGAAUUGAAGACAGCAGCAAUAAAUCCACAAACCCGAGUGUCCAGCUUCCACGAGAUGAAUCCUGAGAGUGUUGAAAGCUUAACAGGGAAUCCUGCUUGUAGAACUUCUGAAGUGCCAACUUUUAUUGAAUCCUGUAACCGCUAUAGAAGUGUUGUUUCCAGACCUAUCGGAUGUCGUUCAUCUGCUCCCCCCUCAGCUUUUGCCAUAAAUCUUGGUUUGACUGACAAGGAAACACCAGCAUCGCACACGCGUAAAGAAUUCCACGAGACUUUUGCGAAUUUAAUAAAACUUGGCAGCAUUGAUCGACAAGAAAUAAAGCCCACUCAGGAAGAACAUACAUGGCAGACAGAGGUGAAAGAUCUCAUUUGGCUUGAACUGCAAGCCUGUCAAGCUGAUAGAACUAUGGAACAACAGGACAGAUUCUUAUUAUCAUCGCGGCAAGGUGUUCCUGAUCUUUUAAAUGAGAUCAUAAAUUACAAAUUUCGACCUGUAUACGAAAGAGAGAUAAGUGCCGUCAGUACUGAUAGCGGACUUAGUAGUGGAUCGGGAAGCGAACCUACCUGUAAGCUUGAUUGUCCAUCUCUAAAAUGUUGCCACGGUUGCAUGUCGCUCUAUUGUAGAGAUUGUGCUGAACAACAAAGAACUGCAUUAAAAGAAGUCGAAGAACUUCUGACACGCCUUGAAGCUGCCGAAGCGCUAUAUCCAUCAUCCCAAGCUAUGGGAAGUUUUCAUCCAAAUUAUAAAAGCGAGAGUUUUGUUGGUAAAAUAAAAGCUAUGUGCUUAUGGUAUAAUAUAACUCGUCAAACACGUCUUAAACUUAUGCUUUUGGGUAAAAUAUUUACAAGAUUACAAGGUGAAAAAUUUAGUUGGCCUAUAAAAACAUCAACAACAGAUAGCUCAUCAUCGUCUUCGGGCUUAGAAAACGAUGAUUCAGCUAUAUACUCGACGACUGAUUCAAAAAAUUCAACCAAAGAAUUUCAACAACGAUUGCCUAAAGUUCAGUUCCAAUUAGAUGAUAAAAGUUACACAACUCCUUCAAGCAGUAAUGAUUCUAAUUCGACAGAUGCAAGUCAACGAUCCGAGUUUCAGGAGUUCUCAGCUCAUAUAAAUACAUUUAAUAUCUUCAAUGUUGAACCUCUAAUGAAUGUAUACGAUGACAACGGGAAAAAUUCCACAUCAUUUUAUAGAAAAUUUAUUGAAAACGUACUUAAAUCGAAAGGCUUAGCGAAAUCCCUAUCAUUCCUGCAGCGUCUGCAUAGUUUAGUUCUGCAUAAGGCGCAAAUAUCUCUUGAAAAAAUCGGCACCGAAGAUGAUGAUUUCGAAAUUGAUCUUCACGAAAAGGAUUUACCCCGUCUAGACCCUGUGAUAAGCAAAGAACAAAUUGAAGAACUACGCCGCUACGGAUACUGGAGCCCCGAAUCAAAAUCAAUUGGAUUACCUUCGUACAUUCCUACAUUUGUUUUUCUUAGUAUUAUUCCUUUGCAAUUUAUGCAUGAAUUUUUACGGAUGCGUCUCGAGACACGUCCUCAAAAACCUAAUCCUCUUAGUUUAAAACAACUAAUGAAAGAACUUCGUGAAGGUUUAACUCUGGCCCUAACACAUCGUGAGAAUUACCAUAGGCACAUAAGUACGGCAUUGCAGGAUAACGAAGAGGAACUGGAGAAGUAUUUGAAAAUUCUAGAUCAAUUCGAUUCAACUGUGAAAACUACUUUUGGCGUGUACCUAGAUUAUGUUGACCAAAUGGUAUUAGAAGCAACAUCGGAGAACAAUCAAAAGUCAGCUUUGGAAAAGGAAUGGAUGUUCACUAAACUUGUAAGUCCAAUGAUCCAUGGGAUGCAUACGUUGGCAACAACAAAAUUUUGUGUGGUUAUUCGAAAACUUCUUCACAAAAUCAGCGAACGCAUAGUGAAUCAAACGCGUGAAAUCAAUAUUCGAAUCGAAUGUACAAAUUCCCAACCGGAAGACCGUAAGAAAGAGCUUCUGUUCAUAAUUUGCCGUGACACCCAAGGCUUCUUCACUUUGGAACGAGAAAGUUCCCUUAUGGUCUUGGUUUUUGCCAAAAUGUUCUGCCGUGACGUCGAGCAUACGGACUUCCAUCGCGAACACUACGAUGAAUACCUUAAUAGAAGUAAAUUAAACAACUUCUCUUGUCCUCAAGUGAAGAAAGAAUUCAAAAUGGUUCAAAAAGAUGUUCUCGAUGUGCGAAAUAAGCUUAAACAAAUGAUUGAAAAUGUUCAAGCACAAUGUUGUGUUAGGAAUAUAAAGGAACUAGACGAACAAGAUCGUCAGGCUGUGUUCUCGGGUUAUCGGGAAAUUCUCCAUCAGGGCUUUAAAUUCGGAUUUGAAUAUAAUAAGGCUGUCAUUCGGUUGUUCGAACAGAAGAUAAUGCAGAAUCGUGAUGUGACGUGUGACAAAGAUCUUGCCCUGGGGAUUGUUGCAUUCUCCAAAAUGUGGAUGCAAUUUGUGACGGAGCGUUGUGAACGAGGACGAGGUGUUCGUCCCCGAUGGGCGUCACAGGGCCUGGAGUUUCUUAUAUUGGCGUGUGAUCCUCAGAUAACGCGAUUCCUCGACGAUCAUCAGUUUGAGGAUUUAAAAACUAAAAUGGACCGUUGUAUAUCGCAUGUCAUCGGAAUCAACUCGGAACCUGAAAAGACAAAGAAAAAAGCUAGUCCUCGCACCCGGAAGACAUCAUCGCCGGCAACUAGUCGAUCUCGCACACCAACCCGGUCUCCGAUGUCAGCUGGAGUUGUAGUUGAUCAUUCAUCCCAAAAAUUCCUGCAUCCACAGUUGAGUUUGAAGGAGGAGCCAUCAUCUCCAUCGGAUUACAGUUCCCUUGAUACACCCGAUUGUGACUCAACAAAACUGAACACCUUAAGACUGAUUGUUCCGAGUAAAGUAGGACUAGAUAGUAUUGUAUUGCGGCAAAUAAGGGUGCGAGACGCUGUCAAUCGACUGGACAUGGAAAUCGAGAAUGGACUUCGGGCGAAAAAUCUUAUCGGUCAGGUUAAGGCUUUGAAUAAUUCUGAAAAUAUUCAUAUUCGAGCUAAGACUGUUAAUUUCCAAUGGCAUCGAGGAAUUAAGAUUGGUCAAGGUCGUUUUGGAAAGGUGUACACCGCUGUUAACAAUUCGACUGGUGAACUUAUGGCCAUGAAAGAGAUUGCAAUCCAGCCUGGUGAAACCCGAGCUUUGAAGAAUGUAGCAGACGAGUUGAAGAUUUUGGAAGGUAUUACACACCGAAAUCUUGUCCGUUACUAUGGCAUCGAAGUUCACAGGGAGGAACUGCUUAUUUUUAUGGAACUUUGUUCUGAGGGAACACUUGAGUCACUUGUUGAAAUGUCAGAUAUUCUCCCAGAAGGCCUUACUCGCCGUUUUACAGCGCAACUACUUUCUGGUGUACAUGAAUUGCAUAAGCAUGGCAUAGUGCAUCGUGACAUAAAGACAGCAAAUAUAUUCCUAGUCGAUGAGAUCAAUAGCCUUAAGUUGGGUGAUUUUGGAUCGGCGGUAAAGAUUCAAGCUCACACCACAGUACCUGGUGAAUUACAGGGAUAUGUCGGAACACAAGCUUAUAUGGCUCCGGAAAUGUUUACAAAAUCAAAGAGCGAUGGACAUGGUCGAGCGGCUGAUAUAUGGUCAGUGGGAUGUGUUGUAGUUGAAAUGGCUUCGGGAAAACGACCUUGGUGGCAAUAUGAUUCCAAUUUCCAAAUUAUGUUUAAAGUUGGCAUGGGUGAAGCUCCUAAAGCUCCUGAUACCUUGUCACAGGAAGGACAUGAUUUCUUACAAAUGACAUUGCAACAUGAUCCGAAAGAUCGUUGGUCGGCAGUUCAGCUUUUAGAACAUAAUUUCUGCAAGGUUGUAGAUGAAGAUAAUCAUUUCCAACAACGGGGUCGAGGUUCAUUUAGAAGGAGCGAUUAGAACAUGUUCACAUAAUAACCAGCCCAUGUAAAUUAUAUCUCUAAACUUAAUUACCCCCCUGGAACACAAAUAAAAAAAGCCUUAUUUGUACGAGUUGAAACCUAUCAUCCUACAAAACCGUUUAUGCUACUUCAAGAGCUUCGAAGUGAUAGUUAACCUUCAAGCAGCCAAGGCAGUUUCAGAGGGUUUACCAAAUGCAUUUGUUCAUACGAUACGGGAAUAAUAACUUAAUUACAUUAUGUGUUUUUAUUUGUAUUUUUAAUUUUAAAUAGUAUUAAAUAAGUAAUGACAAUAAUCGUGGAUGCAAGAAAAUUUAGUAGAUUGUUAUGUUAUUUUGUAUGUCACUUAAAUAAAUGACAUUAAAUUAUUUUUUAAACAAGUUAAAAACUUUUAAAUAAAGUACGUAAUUAUGAAAAGUAAA